AUGUGCAAAGGCAAGGUGAAGUUUCAAGGGAUAUCUAUUGAAGACAAUGAAGUAUAUUUGCCUAAUGAUGAAAUUUGGACCUAUGAUAUUGAUAGUGGGUUGUGGAGAAUGCACCUCAUGGAAGGAGAGCUCCCUACAUCCAUGUCAGGAAGCUGUGGUGCUUGCAUUAAUGGAAAGUUGUACAUUUUUGGAGGAUAUGAUGACAAAGGAUACAGCAAUCGACUUUAUUUUGUUAAUUUGCGAACAAGAGAUGGAACCUACAUUUGGGAAAAAAUCACCAACUUUGAAGGACAACCACCCACGCCACGUGAUAAACUUUCCUGCUGGGUCUAUAAAGACAGAUUAAUAUAUUUUGGUGGUUAUGGGUGUAGGAGACACAGUGAACUUCAAGAAUGUUUUGAUGUUCAUGAUGCAUCUUGGGAAGAGCAGAUAUUCUGGGGAUGGCAUAAUGACGUCCAUGUAUUUGACACGAAGACACAUGCUUGGUUUCAACCAAAAAUUAAGGGUGGAGUUCCACCACAGCCACGAGCCGCGCAUACGUGUGCAGUUCUUGGAAAUAAAGGUUAUAUCUUUGGCGGACGCGUUUUGCAAACUAGGAUGAAUGAUUUACACUAUCUAAACCUAGACACCUGGAUUUGGUCUGGAAGGAUUCCUGUUAAUGGAGAAAGCCCAAAGCAACGGUCAUGGCAUACGUUGACACCCGUAGCUGAUGAUAAGCUUUUCCUAUUUGGUGGACUAAGUGCAGAUAAUAUUCCUUUAAGUGAUGGUUGGAUUCAUAAUAUCACAACAAAUUGUUGGAAACAACUUGCACAUUUACCUAAAACAAGACCUAGGUUAUGGCACACAGCCUGUUUGGGAAAAGAAAAUGAAAUAAUGGUAUUUGGUGGGAGCAAAGAUGAUUUACUUUCCUUGGAUACAGGCCACUGUAAUGAUUUACUGAUCUUUCAGACACAGCCUCACUCACUACUCAGGUCAUGCCUCGACUGUAUUGGUAAAAAUGCUAUCAUUUUAGAAAGUCAGAUAUCUUUAUUACCUCCUAAGCUUCUGCAACAAGUACUCAAAAAAAUAACAUUUUGGACUGCAGCUAAUCACCGAGAAGAACAAAGAGUCCAAAAAGAAGAAACAGAAAAUAAAUAUCAGUGGAUCAGUAGCAAUUAAAUUGUUUUGAUCAGACUAUAUAUUUACACUCCUAAAUUGCAGGCUUUACUUAAGGGAUAAAAAUUGAAACACAAAUGCUGUUAAAGUGAUCAUAUGCCAUGGGAUAUAUGGAAAUAAGAUGUUAAUGCAGAUUGUAUUUGUAAAUAAACUUCCUUCUGAGCUGGCGAACAGAUAUUCUUUCUGAAAGUACAAUUAUAACAGAUUUUAACUCAGUGUGUACUCUUUAUUGGAAAGAUUAUGAAAACUUGAGAAUAAGAAAUUAUCCCCAGAACUUCAGAUAUCCUCCAACAUGAUUUUAUAGGUGUGUGUGUGUGUGUGUGUGUGUAUAACUUAUUAGUGUUAUGUAUAAGUUAUAUAUAUAUAUACACACACACACAUCUAUAAAAUCAUGUUGGAGGAUUUCUGUAUAUACAGCAUAUAUAUAUACACAUAACAUUAUAUAUAAGUUAUAUACACAUACAUAUAUAAAAUUCAGAAAGAAUAAAUUUUCUCAAGUUGUUUAAACAUUACCUAAGUUUCUCCCUAAGUAAGUUAUUAAAUAACUUCUCCUUAAAUAACUAAUACAAGUGGCCAAAAAUUACAAAAUAGGCAAACACCAGUAUGGUAUUAAAUAAUUAACUUCUAUUCUUUUAGCACUUACCUAGUAAAGAAUUCUUUGGCAUCGUAUUUUUUUCUUCCUCUUUAUUUGAGUAGGGGAAUAAAUGUCUUCAACUGUCCCUUCAUUCCCCCUAAGUUAUUAGUUUUUCCAGUUUCAUGUCUUAAAGAAUAUAAAGUGGAGAUUUAUUUAUCAUACAGACUUUGAAGUAUUGAGAAGCAGUAUAUUUAUUAGCUUUUGAGACACAUUAGAAUACAUUUUGCCUUGGAAGAGUGCUUCUGAAGUCCUCCAUGUGUCAUGAAUUGGGGUGGUAAUCUAGUCAUUUGACUUGUUACAACACCCUUCAGGCUGACCCAAACAUUCUACGGAGUUGAUGCUCAAGACACUAAGAAGUUGAAAAUUGAAUACACUCCCUUUUGUUUUCAGCAUUACAUCUAUACAGGAAUAUCUCUAUUUUUCUCAAACUGAUACUUUUGUCAUAACUAAGAAAUUUUUCUUCAUAAAUUUUUCUUCAAUCAUGUUCUUCUAUUGAGUUACUCAUUACAAUUAAUUACUUUAAAGCUUGGUAUAUAAAAUCAUUCUCCACAGUACCACCAUGCAAGCUAUCUCUGAAGUUUAAGAUGUUAGAAAAAAUAGAUUUCUAUAUUUAAAUAUGUAUAAUUUGUAAUGAAAAUUAUAGUAGUUUGUAGUAUUUCAUUAAAUUUUAGAGAUAUAUUUCAUAUAUGUACUAUAUUUUGGAUGUGUAAAGCUUCUAUUUAUGUAUUGAAAUAUUUUUUUACAUUUUAUUUAUUGUAAAAGUAUAUCGAAUUACUGUUUUCAUUUUUGUCAGUGUGAACCAGUUAUUAGAGUUGAUUGUGCAAAAAAUA